AUGUUCGAUUUGACGAACCACGAAUCGGACGCGUCGGAGAGCGGAAACAAGUAUGGCGGCGAUGGAGGCGUCGGCACGAGUCGACGGCACUCGGAUCUCGACGAGGAGGCGCUGAAGCAGAAACGACGCGAUUUGGCCGAUUUGGCCACUUGGGUAUGGAGAAAUUGAAGAAUUCUUUGCAAAAUGAGAGAUCUCCUUUGCAGCUGAGCGGCCUCGGAGCCACCAAACUGUCACUGGAUAAUCCGCAUGACUUGUGCGACGGUCGUGCUUUCGCAGAACUGCUCCAUGAAAUGUAAGCGAAUGAAAAAAUGCAUAUAUAUAUUUAAUGGAUCCAUUUUCAGCGACAAAUCAUUCUUCGACGACACGUGGCUCGAAAAGAUGCCCGCGUUCACAUCGAAAUCGAACAUUGUGGUGAAGCGCAGCAAUCUUCGCAAACUUUGGCGCAAAAUGUCCGACUACAUCGCGCAAGAGCUUAACCGACAGAUCUCCUCAGACUCUCGCUGGAAAGACAUUGACGAGCGAGUGGACGGAAUUGAAGAAACGGAUCUUCCGGUGGCCGUGGAUCUCGGAAUGACCGUGGUCACUUUUGCUCACAUAGGUCGGCAUGCGGCCGAGUACGUGCAGUACUCGCAGGAGUUGAGCGCGAAGCACAAAGAGGCGAUAGAGAAUGUGGCCCGAAUGAUUGGGCUGGUGAUGAAAGAACUACCGGAGGUGCAGUCGUUCCUCGAAGUCUCUGCGCUUCACGACUCACUCGACGACACGGCCGAUUUGAACAUUUCACUGCAAGAAACGGGCGGAUUCUCGGCCAACACCUCGACGGCCAACAACGGAAACGGGCCGAAGAACAGUAGCAGACGACGAACGAUGUCGAACAACAAUCAGAUGCACCUCGAGGCACAACUUGAUGCACUUCGCCAAGAGAAAGACGGACUGUCCAGAGAAGUGGACCGUCUCACGAAGGCGCUCGACCAGGCCCAGUUGAACACCUCGGUCAGCUCCGAAUCGAACGAUUUGCACAUUCUGGAGAAGCAAAACGAGGAGCUCCGAGCGAAACGACGAGAAGCGGAGGAGAGAGCGCACGAGCUGGAGGCACAGAUCGAACAGCAUCGCUUGUCGAUUCAGGAGCUGACGGCCGAGAAUGAGGUGCUCGGAUGCGGGCAAAAAGAAUUCGGCCUGCUCAAAAAUGAACUCCAAACGGCCCAAGACGAGGUGGAAGUAUGGAGGAGCAAAGUGAGCGGCCUGACGAUCGACGCAGAGUUGGCGAAAAAGCGGGAGAAGGAGGUGAAAGAGCUGCAGGGACAGGUUAAAUCACUGACUUCGCGACUCGAGCAUCACGUGAAACAGUCGACGAUUGACGAGGAUCACAAGACGGUAACGACGCAGCUGCGGCAGCAGAUUGGCACUCUGAAGGCGUUGAACGAGAAUCUGGAGGUGAAGUUGUCGUCGAAAGAACGGAUGAUACUCGAGCUGGAGAGCCAGCUCAUCCAGCAGAAGGAGAAGGUGAAGGCGUUGGACGAUCGCAAGGAUUCGCUGAUCGCCGAGCGGAACCAACUACAGGACCAACUCACGUUUGCCAAUUCGGUCACUCCGAGAUCGCUGCACGAGUCGAUGUUCGAGGGAGGAAAUCUGUCGUUCGAGUGAGUCCCCGUGCCCCCGGCCCCUUUUCAUCUCUCCCCUAAGAUAUUUCAGUGAUAAGCCGAAACUUUCGCUGGAAAUUGAGAACAAACGGCUCGUCGAGCGAAUCGAGGAGCUCGAAGCACUCGAACCGCUGCAAGGAGAGAUCAUCCUGCUGAAGAGCCGAAACGGAGUGCUCGACGAAGAAAUUAUUGUGCUGACGAAGCGGAAGGAGGAGCUGGAGAAGCAGGUUGCCGAGUUGCAGGAGAUGUGCACGAAGAGCCAGCAGCAGGCGAGCGGAGACGUCGUCGAACUGAAGGUGCAGCUGGAGAAGGCGACGGUCGAAGUGGAACGAAUGCGGGAUGUGGAGGCACGCGCCGAGACACGACUCGCCGACGUGGAGGAUCUUCUCAAGGCGAAGACGCAGAAGGUGGAGGAGUACACGAAUGCGCUGCAGAGGGCCAAAGAAGUCAUUGAUAACUUGGUAUGUUGGGCAAGGAAUUUGAGCAGUCCAUGUUUCUCACUUUUCAGGAGGAACGCAGUCGACCAGUGGGCGAGGAGACGGGCACUUCGGUGCAACAAUUCAAAGAUCUUCAAUCGGAAAACGAGCAACUGCGCAAGAAGCUGGAGAAGCUCGAGACGGAGCUCGUCACGGUGACGACGGCUUUGGAGCAGGAGAACCGGCUGAUCACGACGGCCGCUCAUCACAUGGUCCUCAAUCGAUCGAUCGACGACGUGAUGAGCCUGCGUGCGUCGGCCGGAGCCGACUCUUCGGAUGUGCACAACCAGACAGGGCCGCAGACUUUGCUGGAGACGCAGAAGAUGAGCAACGCUCUUCCGUACAGGUAAGCUUUCAGACGAACGAAGAUUCAUAGGUCUCCCCGUACGUCCAUUUCAGAUGUACGUGAUUAUCCCCUUUUUCUUGCAAACAGUGUACGAGGUAAACGUGCACGUCGUGAAGUCAGUGUUGUGUAUUUCAUAAUAAAAUAGUGUGUGUCUGUAUGCCUUCUCACCUCUUGCCCACUAACUCACCCAGCAUGCUCGUUUUUUGUUUUAGAUCGGCUUCGGGUGCAUUCGGUUUACCAUCGGCCAUAGUUUGGUGAGUUUACGCGCGGUUACUGUAGGAGCUGCAUGUCUUUCACCUUUUUCUGUUUUUGUGUUUUCACUUUUCCCUCUGUUUUCCCGCUCACACUUGUGUCGAUUUUCAGCCUCACCGGAUUGAUGCUCCUUUUCGCGGUCGUCUGGAUGCUCAUCAAGAUGUACAGCGACAUAAACGCGCCGCCGAGAGCCUAA